CUCGCUGCGAAGAAAUCAGAACUUCAGUGGACAGCUCCCAGGUGCUGAACACACCUGCCGUGAAUAACAGCGCCUAAGAAAAGCGUUCACUGCUCCACCGCUACCACGCAGCCAAAGACACACACACACACAAUGCGAACCAUGAUAUCGGGGGUCUCUUGGAAACUUUUUCUUCUGACUUUCUUCCUCCUCGAUCUUGGGUCGUCUCAAGAUUUCGGUCAGGCCCGGUUUAUUUGUACUUCUGUGCCGGCAGAUAUGGACAUGUGUGCGGCUACCAUGCAGAACAGCGGGCCGGCGGAGGACCUGAAGACCACGGUCCUGCAGCUGAGGGAGACGGUCCUGCAGCAGAAGGAGACUAUCAUGAACCAAAAAGAAACGAUUCGGGAGCUGACAGCCAAGCUGAGCCGAUGCGAGAGUCAGAGUAUAACAGACCCGGGUUCGAGGAGAAAAGAGACGGGCAAGAACACUAUGGGGGAUGUAUCGAGGACUCCAGCAGAUACGUUAAACCAGCUGAGUCAAACUUUACAGUCACUCAAACAGCGGCUAGAAAACCUGGAGCAAUUCAGCAGGAACAACAAUUCAGCCCAAGCUAACAACCUGAAAGAUCUACUCCAGAAUAAAAUCGAGGAUCUAGAGAAGCAGGUGCUGUCCCGUGUGAACAGCAUGGAGGAAAGCAAGCCCGGGCAGAAGAACGAGACGGAGCAGAGAGUGAAGGUGGACUCCACGCUCACAUCCCUGCACCACAGGAUCAGCGACCUGGAGAAGGGUCAGAAAGAGAACCGCCCCGCCGAUAAGUUCCAGCUGACGUUCCUCCUGAGGACUAACUACAUGUAUGCGAAGGUGAAGAAGAGCCUGCCCGAGAUGUACUCCUUCACAGUGUGCAUGUGGAUCAAAUCCAGCGCCUCCCCCGGCUUGGGCACGCCUUUCUCCUAUGCAGUCCCGGGGCAAGCCAACGAGUUAGUGCUGAUCGAGUGGGGAGACAACCCCAUGGAGAUACUUAUUAACGACAAGGUGGCGAAGUUGCCGUUUGUGGUUAAAGACGGGAAGUGGCAUCACAUCUGCAUCACCUGGACCACGCGCGAUGGCGUGUGGGAGGCGUUCCAGGACGGCGUGCUACGGGGAAACGGGGAGAACCUGGCCCCCUACCAUCCAAUCAAGCCACAGGGAGUCCUGGUGCUGGGUCAAGAACAGGACACGCUGGGCGGAGGGUUCGACGCCACACAGGCGUUCGUGGGCGAGCUGGCUAACUUCAAUAUCUGGGACAGGAAGCUUUCCUCAGGCGAGAUCUACAACCUGGCCACCUGCAACAGCAAAGCCCUGGUGGGGAAUGUCAUCUCCUGGGCCGAGAGCAACGUUGACGUCUAUGGAGGCGCCACCAAGUGGACUUUUGAAGCAUGCCGUCAGAUCAACUGAGCUGCAGCACAAGCAGAAAGCAGGACAGCAGCAUCUCUCCCGGCUUUAGUGUCCUCCUUACUUACUUUUUUUUUUUUAAAUCGGGAAUUCAUAUAUAUAUAUAUAUAUAUAUAUAUAUAUAUAUAUAUAUAUAUAUAUAUAUAUAUAUAUAUAUAUAUAUAUAUAAAUGGAUUUAAGUGCAAAGAAAGAUUUUUUUUUGACAUAAGAAAAUCACUUUUUUUUUUUGUCUUGGAAACUUGUGACUAAAGACGCCUCCUCCUUUUGAACUGUAAGCACUUCUGCUGGUGAGCGGAGUUCCAAACCGAGGGCUCUGUCAACCCUAUUGGAGGAGAAGCUGGGCAGCUACACGCCUUAUCCUGGACAGCUAAUCAACAGCAAGGCCGGGCUUCUUCCCCUCGUUUCCUAUCGAUCGUGUGACAGGCAGUGUUGUGUUAGUCAGCCGUGAUCACUUCUCAAUUUUUUCCCCUAGGACUUGCACUGUGAAUGAAAUGUGAACCAGAAGACGAAAGGUUGAUGCGAGGACUAAGUGAGAUUGACUUGAUAUUAAUUUGCUGACUUGCUUUUUAUUAGCUUUCUGUGUUUAUGCUGUAAUGAAGUUUAAUUGCCAACUAAGUUUAAAGCCUGGGUGCCUUGGGCUGGUACAAAAAAUUCAGCACAUUUGUUUUAAUUUGCAAAUGUUUUUUAUUUUUUAUUAUUAUUGAUAUUUAUUAAUAAAUGUAUUCAAAGCAACGUGUUCAAGGCCAUGGUGUUUGUACUCUGUAUUAGGAAUGUUAUCUACAAAAACAGCAUGAAAGAAAAAUGGAACAGCAGCAGCAUCACCAGAUCUGCUCGCACUGUCCUUGUGGGGUUGGUUUUUUACUGUAUUGUUAUAUGCUCAAAGCAUGGCAACACUGAAAGACUAUCAAAUUUAAAUUUUGUAAUAAAAUUGUGAUAUAUUA